AGGAGCAAUUUGAGGAAAAUGCUAGCGUAAUGCACUCUAACUAAGCUUGUCAUGAGUCACCAGAACAAUCGAGUAUUUGCCUUUUACUCCUUGUACUUAAAGAAGAGUAAAAACUAAAGGCUUAUGUUCAUUGCAUAAUAGGAGGAACCUGUGUGAAAGAAGAAGUGAGGUUGUCUUUCAGAGAUGGAAGAGGAGAACAUUGAACAACCAUUUUUGAAGAAACAGUAUUAUGAGAAUUGUCCUGGUUGUAAGGUGGAUCAAGCAAAAGAGCUGAAAAAGGAUGUUUCCUUUAGAAAUCUUUCGUACAUAUGGAUGGCGGUAUUAUGUGGCACGUUGCCUGUGGCAUCACUCUUUCUGUUUAUUUCAUGGUGAAGGAUUUUAACAUUGCAGAAACAGAGGAAGAUAUAAGUACCUAUGCUGGUUAUGUGGGAUCAUCAUUGAUGCUUGGUAGGGCUUUAACAUCCAUAUUGUGGGGUAUGAUUUCUGAUCGCUAUGGUAGAAAACCCGUUAUCAUUAUAGGGAUUAUUACUGUGGUCAUUUUCAACACAUUAUUUGGUCUAAGUACGAAUUUUUGGAUGGCUAUUAGCAUGAGAUUUCUUCUUGGAAGUUUAAAUGGUUUACUUGGACCGAUAAAGGCUUAUGCUACUGAAAUUUUCAGAGAAGAGGAGCAAGCUCUUGGACUCUCAACAGUAGUUGCUGCUUGGGGAGUAGGUUUAGUCAUUGGCCCAGCAUUAGGAGGUUUUUUGGCCCAACCAGUGUUGAAAUACCCACAUCUAUUUCCAAAGGAUUCCUUUUGGGAUAGGUUUCCAUAUUUCUUGCCGUGCUUUAUAAUAUCAAUUUUAGCACUUGCAUCAACAAUUGCGUGCAUUUGGCUUCCGGAAACCCUUCACAACCAUAAUGGUCACAUUGAGUCAACUAACGAUGUGAAAGCUAUGGAAAUUGGAAGCAGUGAGUCAAAUGAAGAAAAGAAAAUCCAAAAUCAUAAAAGCAUAUUUCAAAAUUGGCCUUUAAUGUCAUCUAUUAUUAUUUACUGUAUCUUUUCACUACAUGAUGUUGCUUACCAGGAGGUUUUCUCAUUGUGGGCUCUUAGUCCUCGAAGGUUAGGUGGUCUUAACUUUACAACUGAUGGUGUUGGUAUUGUUCUUGCAAUAUCAGGUGUUGCUAUUCUAAUCUACCAACUUACCUUAUAUCGAUCAGUGCAAAAAGCUUAUGGACCUAUUACACUAGUUCGUAUAACAGGGGUGUUAUCCAUACCUCUUUUGCAAUGUUACCCAUUCAUGACAAUGUUGUCAGGCUUCACACUAGACCUAGUGAUUAAUAUCGCUUCCAUUCUAAAGAAUCUUAUGAUUGAGACAAUUGCAACUAGUUUAUUCAUUCUUCAGAAUAAAGCCGUGGAACAACAUCAAAGAGGGACAGCUAAUAGCAUUGCUAUGACUGGUAUGUCAGCAUUCAAAACAAUUGGUCCUGCUAGUGCCGGUGCAUUAUUAUCUUGGACAGAAAAGAAUAUAAAUGAUUCUUUCCUACCAGGCACCCAUGUAGUCUUCCUUGCCCUAAAUUUUGUUGAAGGGGUUGGAGUAUUGUUGAUGUUCAAACCAUUCUUGAGUGUAAAGGAGAAAACACAACCAGAGCAGUUACAUUGAUAUCAAUGAAUUUUGUAAGAAGUUAAUAAGGAUUGAUUGUAGUGCAUUGGCUUUGAGAUCAUGAUGGAUGUUUGUUUUGUACAAUUGCAUUAUGUAAGUUUGGAUUUUGAUUAUUAAGAUUUUAGUGUGUGAAUAUGUACUUAACAAAACUAGUUAAAGUUUGUACUUGUAUGGACCAAUACAUUACAUGAGUUUUUAUAUGUUCUUUGCCAUAUGGUAUUUAUAUUGUUA